GUUAUUUUUGAUAUAAGUUAUUUGAGCUCUAUACUUUGGGUUUGAAUUGAAUGACAUGGCUGUUAACUUAUUUGAUAGGAGAAAGAUGCAAAUAUGAUGAUGAUUGUUUUGUUGAUAACAGUUAUUGUGAAAUGCAACAGAUAUGUGAGUGCAAAGAAAAUUUUCUUCCCAGUGAAGAUGGUGAAUCAUGUGUUGCAAUGAUUGGAGCACACUGUCAUUCAAAAUAUGACUGUACCACUCUUCCCAAUUCUAUCUGUAAAGAAGACAAAUGUAUAUGUGAACGGGGCUUUGUACCAGAUGCGCAGCAAACUAAAUGUUUACCAACAGCACAAAGAAUUAAAGAUAAAUGUGAACACGAUUUCCAAUGUAAAGAAAGAUUAGGUGGUAAUAGCUAUUGUUUUAAUGAACAAUGUCUCUGUUAUCCUGGAUAUCAUUUUGAAAAUUGGUGUAUUUCAUCAAAACGACUACACGAAGUGUGCAGAAACAAUUCUCAAUGUUUUAUUGGAGAAUAUUAUCAAAACUCAGUUCUUUGUUUGUCAGGAUAUUGUAAAUGUGCACCAGGAUACCAUGAGGAACUUAAUCUCUGCAUAGUAAAUGCUGGAAGUUUAAACAUACCAACUGGAUUGAGAUUAGUUAUGAUUUUCAGCGCUUUAGUGCAUAUUGGUCUUCAACAAGUUAAUAAUUACUAGGUUUAUCUUUAAUCUAACUUUUAUUAAAUUAGAUUUUAAAAUCAGUUAACUGUCUACCAAAGAAGAAAUAAAAAUAACAGCUAACUCAGGAAAAGGGG